GAAAUUACAGUUCAACGGUCACACCCCAGAGGCUAUAUAUAGAGGCUCUAUUCCCACAACCUUAUACUCAGUCUUCUUCUUCAUCUUGAACUGUAACACAAUACAGAGAGUGAGAGAGACAAAUAGCAAACCAAAGUUUCAAACCCAUUUCUGAAUCGCAGUUCUAGUAAUAAUUUCUCCAAAAGGUUUCAUUUUUGGUUUUUGGGUCUCAGUUUUCUCAACCAUGAAGAGACUCCAAGGUUUCAAGAUCUUUAAAUGGAUCAUCCGAAGUAGAAGAAUCCAAACCGGGAAACGCCAAUGCCUAACCGGAAUUCUCAACCCGGUUUCAAGAAUCUGCUAUUUAGCACGGUGUCUACGUCGUGGAGCCAGUAGACUGUGCGGAGGAAAGAAAACGGUUCAGACACGGUUGGGUAACGACCCGGAGUCGCUGGGUGUUCCCAAAGGUCAUUUAGUGGUACACGUAGGAGAAUCAGGCGAUGAUACACGGCGCGUGGUGGUUCCGGUGUUUUACUUUAACCAUCCUCUAUUCGGGGAGUUGCUGGAACAGGCGGAGCGGGUUUACGGGUUUGACCAACCGGGUCGGAUUACGAUACCUUGUAGGGUAUCGGAUUUUGAGCAGGUUCAGAUGAAGAUCGCUGCAUGGGAUCAUUGCCGACGUAAGUGGAGUUUCAAGAUUCUAUAGCGUUGACUUACUAAAAUUUAAAUAUUUUUAGUUUUUUUAUAUUUCCUGAGAAUAAAGUCAAAUGUCACAGAGAGAUGGGAACUUUCCCUUACAAGGGGGUUCGUAUGAUUAGUCCAGUGUCCAAUAGAUGUACAAAUAUUAAGAAAAGUGUCGUUCGGAUCUGAAUUAUGUUCCAUAUUUAGUAGAAUGAACAAAGAAUAAAAUUUCUAAAGUUAUUUUAUUCAAAAA